AUGUUUACCAUCGAUUGGAAUUGUUCAUUUUGGGUGGAAUUGGGAUAUAUACCUUGAGAGAUGAGUUCGUUGUUGCAACGAAUGAGUGAAGCUAGGAGAAACUUUCAAGAAAGAAAAAAUAGAGGGUCGAACGGAACAACCCAUCAUAUGGACCCCAACGAUGUCCCAGCUUCACCUAGAGCAGACUCCUCUGUACAUUCAGAACACUCUGUUGCUUCCGCUUGUUCAGAUGGAGGGGAUUUCCACUCAGAAGAAGAGCGUAUGGGGUCUCCUAUCCACUCCUCACAUCUAUCCCAGAGUUUGCCUGGUAGCUUGGACUUUUUUAUGAAACGCUGGUCUCGAGGUUCUAAUAAUAAUAAUAAUAGUAAGGUUCAACAAGAAACAACAAAGCCCAUGGAUAUUCCUUCGGAUUCAAGUCCUGUUGAUAGUCCAGUAGCUAGCGCACCUCAGGGUCCUGGUUGGUCUUCUAGAAGAGGGCACGUGGAAAAGGCUGCCAAUGUAACCAAAUCUUUUCGAGACGUGUGGCUAACUCCUGAUUGAUAUAUUGAGUGUAUAUGGUAUUUGUGGUAUGUGAGUGCAUAUUUGUGGUGGAUGAGAAAAUGAUGACUAUGCUUGUUUUGCAUAAUAUAUGGGGAGCAGACCUUGUGUAUUUUUUAUAUCAUGGCUAUUACCAUCUCGAGAAUAGAUGAUGUGUAUUCUAUUUGACAAAAUGAUAUAACUUUUUAUAAUCCAAUGCUAACCAUUCGAAUUGAAAUUAUUACGAUAGGAAUAAAAACACACGAGGAUAUGCUCUCAUCAUAAGAAGGAGCCAUUACAGAAUAG